AUGACUCCACGAGCACAAUCCUUGGCUCUAGUGACAUUGUUGAUGCUGCUUUUGCUGAUCAAAGUAGAGGGAAAUUCAACACCAAAAGAAGACUAUGAAAAUGUCACUAAUGUCGCAUCAUCAUCACCAAAGUUGAUGAAGCAAGAUAAGAACCAAGCGAUUGUUGGAUGUAGGAACACACCAUGGAUUUGUAGCCAAGGAGAAUUUCCACCAAGAUCUCUUUGUUGUGGAGAUCUUUGUGUGGAUAUUACUACAGACAGAAACAACUGUGGGUUGUGUGGGAUUAGAUGCCCAUACAAUUGGCUAUGUUGCAACCGUUUGUGCAGAAACACAAACCUUAACCCUUUUAACUGCGGUUCAUGUGGAAGAAUAUGCCCCAUUGGGAGGUUUUGCAUAUUUGGAUUUUGUGCGUAUCAACAACCAUUCACAGGACCACCACUGUUCCCUCCACUGCCACCACAGCCACCUGCAAUGGAGUGA